AUGCCCGCCAACUACAAGUUUGGAAAAGUUGAAGUCAUCUGCGAGGGUUAUGACUACCCAGAAGACGAGUACAUUCUCGUGGGUAGCUGCGGCCUCGAGUACACCAUCGACGAGGUGGCAGGUGGUGGUGGAGGAGGUGGCAGCAAUCACUACUCCAAUAAUCACUAUUAUGCUGCGAAGAAUCACAUCAAGGACAAUGGCUUUAGCUACUUUCCCGUUCUGGUCAUCAUCGGCCUCAUUGCACUGAUCUACUUCACCUGUCUCCGGGAGCCUAAUGCCCAGGGUGCAAGACAUUCCUCUUCCACUACCAAUGAUGACUACCCGUCUGCUCCGCCGCAGCCCCCACCGGCAGGCUUCAGAUCGGAAUACUUUGGCGGUGAUUCAGGUGCUUCGUGUAGUGGAAGCGCCUCAUCAUCAUCUUACGGCCCACGAACACAGACGCGCUCAAGUGGUCCGGGAUUCUUCAGUGGCAUGGCUGCCGGCGGCCUGAUGGGCUACCUCUUUGGCUCAAGUCGAAGCAACACCUACGCCAAUCGACCCUACGCAUCCUCAUACAGCAGCUGGGGCACACCAUCAACCUCUUCAGGAUAUAGCAGCGGCUUUAGCAGCGGCGGAGGAGGUGGCAGCAGCGGCUCAGAAACUCGAACCAGCUCAGGCUUUGGGUCUACAAGACGGCGCUAG